UCUAUCUAGUAAACACUUCGGAGACGAGGUUGGUAUGUCUCUUUUGAACAAAAUUAAACGGAUAUAUCUUGUAAUUGAACAAAAUAGUAAGGUGGCCAGUAACUUGGGACCGUAUACCGAUUAUACGGGACGUAUUCUUUUAGCUAUACCGCUUAUCAAAAACAUAAUAGUAGUAUUUCCACCUGAAAUGUCAAACAUGCUAAUUGCUAACCCGUUAGCAAAAAAAAUGACGGCUUGAUCACAGGAUAACACUGUUGAAGGUAAUACAUUUCUUAAACGCUGUUGAAUAUGCCGAUAAUACAGUGUUCCACGCAGGCUAUCUGGCCAUUCAGAAUCACAACACCCGGACUUCUGCCCCAUUGAAGCGUGCGCAUCAUUUUCGUGACGUUAUCAGCUAACUCAUCUAUUUGUGACGAGAAAACGCAUUCACCAAGGCUGCUGUUAAAAACUUUUAUUUUGAAAACUGAGUGUGGGGGUACAGGAAGUAUCUCUUCUUCGCCCCUUUCCUAUUGUUUGUAGCUUAGCCAGCUAGCAAGCUAUUAUCCCGAUGGACGAACUCUUCGCACAUCGUUAUUUCCAAAUCCUUAGUACCACCCAAAUAUUAUGAUACAUUUUCAAGUGUCAAUAAACGAUUAGCUGUAACUACAGACUAGGCCUGAAAAUGAGCAGAAUAUCCGGACCCAUGUGGAAUUCCAAGGCUUUGCACGAGCAGUUAGCGUCCAUCAUGGGGGCGUUGACCAAGGCAGCCGUGGCCGACAUCUGUGAAGUCAUGGAUGAAGGUUAUGCGAUUUUGCAAUUAGAAAUAUCAAGAAGCUACAAGGAAAACGAGGACCUCAAGAAGAAACUGCAUUUGAUUGAGUCUAUAAUUGCGCGAGGAAUCGAUGGGAAAGCGGGAACUCAAGCUGUUGUUACAGGAACAGUCCCACUUGAUGAAGGUAUCCAUCCAAAGCAGUCGCAGCAGGAGGACACAUGUCAUAAAAGUAAUGGGAUAACAAUAACGGCUGGAGAUUGCUACUUUGUAGAAGAAGAAGAGUUACCCGAUGUGGUACUUAUCAAAGAUGAGGACUCGGAGGACAGUGACAGACAUGAGGAAGGUGUUAAUGUGUCAUCCGUGGGAGGAGAUGGUGUGGCUCCCCAUACAUCCCCCAAUGCAAUAAAGGAAGGGGACAGUCCAGCACAGUUCAGGAGCAAGAAGAUGGACUGGCAAGAGAAUGAAGAUAACAGUAUCUUCCAGGGUGAGCAAAGGAAAGAGACAUCGAAGCACACUCUCAAACGCCCUGCAUCUAGAUUAAGUAUCGGGAAACGGAUGAUAUUGGGCUCUCAAUACACACUGCAUGAAACCCCCAAUCAGCCUGGUUCCUCUGGUCACCUAGGGAUGGAAACAGCAGAGCUGGUUUGCUCCUAUGCCUCAGGAACAGACUCUGAUGUGCUUGUGGUCCACCCAGAGCCUCCACUUGUUCCCACUGUAUCAGCUGUCACCUUUAACAGUCAAGUAGGGACUCACAGCGAUAGGAGGGAUAUCGACAUGAUUGACUCUCAGCCUAUCGAAUUAGAGAUGGAUAUGUGCUCUGCGUGGACCAAACAGGCUAAGCCAGAGAUGACCUUCUCUCCGCUCCAACGAAACCUCGAAAAUAUCUCAGGCGUGAGUCCCGCUCACUGUCAACUGACACAGGGAAUGAACACAGCAUCGAAUUUUGAUGGACCCGACAUGAUGAGUUUUGCCAUGUAUGAGAAACAGUCUAACCAUCCCCAAUGGAGCGAGGUCCAAGGGAGCGCUGACAGCAGGGAGAAGCGUUUUGUUUGCCCUUUCUGUCACAAGUGUCUGAUGACGUCUCAGAACCUCGAGGUGCACAUGAGGAUUCACACAGGAGAAAGACCAUUCAGUUGUGCCCAGUGCGGGAAGAGGUUCACCCAGUCAGCCCAUCUGAAAACGCACCAGAGUGUACACACAGGAGAACGGCCGUUUGCGUGUACACUUUGUGGGAAAAGUUUCAUAGUGAAAUACAGUCUCACGUUACACCUGAAGAAACACCACCCCAAUGUGAGGCCUUUGUGAAGUUGAAACAAGUGACGUGCAUGAGAGUGCAAUCCUAACCAUUUACUGUCCCAAAGCAUACAAAUCAAUGGGAAACGGAAUAAAAUUGAUUAGAUCACUAUUACAAGUUUUAUCUAUUUAUUUAGGUAUUAGAACAUUUAAUUUUCCUAGAUUUGAAUUUAUUUAAAUGUAUGUGGGUACAUCUUGCCAUUCUAAAUAAACUAAAAUGGCAGCAUAAUGACAGAAAUGUUACAAUUAUGAUUACACUGUAUACUAAGAACAAUUGAAGACCACAACGAAUCAGUAUAUCAACAGAAUUGUUUUCAUCAACAGCCUGUUAAAAUUAACAAUGGCAAGUAAAUCAAUGCGUUAAUUUGUAGACUAGAGAGAAGUUGGAGCCGUUAAUCAGCUGUCAAUGCAUGGGAAUGUUUCCUGGGGAAUGUAAAUGCUUGUUUUCACUUUAGUGUCAUUUUCAAUUUAUUUCCACAUUUAGCCACACCGAUGUUAGGUUUAAGAUUCUUUUUUUAAAAAAUGUUUUGACUUUGAAAACAUGUAAGAAAUGUGACCAUUUCAUGUUCCAUUAGGAUAUUGUUGUGUGUAGGUCAAUCCACAUAAUUAAAUAGAACAGUAUUAUAUUGUAUCUCUUGAUGACAAUUGUGUUUAGAUGUUGUUUGGAUCCAAGGUGUUGUUGAAAUAAAUGGCGAUAAUCAUCUUUA